UCUGUACAGCUAGGAGUAACUUGUAAAACUUCUAUUUCUGCUGUGUGGGUUACCCUCCUCACUAAGUCUUCGCUGAGAGAUCUGCUUCCCCACAUUCUCUAGUAACAGAAUGCACAGCUGACAUUACAGUGUAAACCCCGUAGAUAUUUCAAACACAGUUCAGAUGGAUAUGCACAUUUGUAAAGGCGUGUGUAACGGGACAUAUGAAUGUACAUUGGAGAAAAAGCAUUUAAGCUAUGGGUAUCCAAAUAUCUACUGAGACUUGGACAUGGCAAAUUGUCAUUUUAUUUCUGUGCUGUACCCGGGAUACAGCCUCGGAGACUCUUCAUUAUGCUCUGAUGGAGGAAGCAGAAUCAGGGACGUUAAUUGGUAAUGUAGCAAAAGAUGUGGGUAUACCGGUAGUCGCUGUCUUUGAACGCAGAAUGCAACUGAGGUUGACAGGAAGCAGCCAGUAUUUUGCUGUGGAUCAGCAAAGCGGAAACGUAACUUUAGCCAAAACAGUAGAUCGGGAAAAUGUGUGUGGAUCUAAGUUACACUGUGUAUUAGCUGCAGAAGUAGUUCUUGAAAAUCCAUUAGAACUCCAUAGAUUAGAAGUUGAGAUUUUAGAUAUAAACGAUCAUUCUCCCACAUUCUCAACAUCUGAACAGGUGAUACAAAUCACAGAGUUCCUUGCUUAUCCUGGUGCCAGAGUUCCUUUAGAAGAAGCAUAUGAUCUUGAUUCAGGUAUCAAUGGGGUAAGACAAUAUAAUUUGAGUGCAAGCUCUUAUUUUUCAUUGUCUGCAAGACGCCACAAGGAUGGUGUACCUAGUCCAGAGCUGGUCAUAGAAAAGGCAUUAGACAGAGAAGAAAGAGGAAGCCAUCAUCUUAUACUUACAGCUUUUGAUGGUGGUAGUCCACCACAAUCUGGAAUAUCACAAAUCACUAUCAUUAUUCUGGAUUUUAAUGAUAAUGCUCCUGUGUUUAGUCAAGGUUCCUAUAAAAUUAACUUACCAGAGAAUGCUCCCUUGAACACUGUAGUAGUGCAGCUUAAUGCAACAGAUUUGGAUGAGGGGCUCAACGCUGAAGUAGAAUAUGCUUUUGAUAGUCGAACACCAGUCUCCCACAGACAGUUGUUUUCUUUAAAUCCAGUCACAGGGGUCAUAAGUACAAAUGCUACAUUAGACUUUGAAAGUGCUAAAAACUAUGAGUUAACUGUCAAAGCUAAAGACAAAGGGACACCACAAAUGGAAGGUAGCUGUCUUCUUCAGAUAGAGAUUGGUGACGUCAAUGAUAACUUGCCAGAGAUUCUACUUACUUCUCUGUUGGGUCAGAUUCCAGAGGAUACAAAUGUUGGAACAACUAUUGGACUUUUCUCUGUGACUGACCUGGAUUCCGGGAAAAAUGGAGAAGUUAAGGUCUUCGUAUCACCAGAUUUGCCUUUUGAAAUUAAAUCAUUUAAAGAUCACUAUGCUCUAACUGUACAUGAACCCCUUGACAGAGAAAAGACUGCUCGGUAUGAAAUUAUUUUGACUGUUGUGGACAAGGGGUCACCUGCUUUAUCUUCACAAACAACAAUAAUGGUCAAUAUAUCUGAUACUAAUGAUAACCCGCCGUUGUUUUUGAACCACUAUUUAAACGCAUACAUUCCUGAAAACAAUGAACCUGGUCAUUGGCUUUAUACAGUGUCAGCCUGUGAUCCAGAUGAGGGGAACAAUGCAAUUCUAACCUAUUCUAUUGCUGAAAAACAGCUUUUUGGUUUGCCUAUUUCAUCAUUUGUAUCUAUCAACCCAGUAAGUGGAGAUAUUCAUGCCCAGUGCUCAUUUGAUUAUGAACAAAUUCAUGUCUUAGAAAUCAUUGUUCAAGUUGGGGAUUCUGGAGACCCAAGACUAUCGUCCAAUACAACUGUGUUUGUUUUUAUUGGGGAUACAAAUGACAACUCUCCUAAUUUGUUAUAUCCUAAGUAUACAGGAGAUUCAACCACCAAUCUAAAACUAUCAAAGGCCGUGCCAGUGGGUUACCUGGUAACCAAACUAUCUGCAGUGGACUUAGAUUCUGGUGAUAAUGCCUGGCUAUCAUACAAGUUUGUGGAAUCUUCCGAUAACUUUAUGUUUAACUUAUCCACUCACUCUGGAGAAAUAAGAACUGUUCGAAGUUUCUUACUAGCUGAUGAUUACCUGCAGAAACUUGUGCUUGCUAUCAGUGACAAUGGCAAGCCAUCUUUGUCACUUACAGUUACAGUAGUCGUAUCAUUAGACAGCAUCUCAGAAAAUGCAACACCUAAUGUCUAUAAUUUCUUUUCUGCAAACAGGACUGACAUAACUUUGUACCUCAUUAUUUCUUUGGUCAUCAUUAGUCUGGCGUGUCUUAUAACAUUUGUUCUGUUGGUGGUGAAAUGUUAUAAAAAAGAAUUGUAUUUGUGCCAGUAUCCUUGUUGGUUUUUACAUCAGUCAAAUUCUGAACACUGUCCUCAAACAUUCCAGCCAACACUUGGCUUCAAUAUGGAUGGAACACUAAAGUACAUGGAGAUCAGGCUGGAUUCCUCCAAUCCAGAAAGUCAGUGUUACAGAACAUACUUUUCUCACUCUGACAACAUUAAUCUAACUCUUCUGAAGCCUCAAACGUUUUCUCCAGUGAAAGAAGAAACAUUAGGAAAUACUAGCUUAAGAGAUCCCAUGGAGGACACCAUUCUGUUUCUUUUUCAGCAAUCUCAGCCUAAUGCAGACUGGCAGUUCACUCAGGGCCAAAGACCGGGACCAAGUGGAACACAACAGCCCACAGAAGAAUCUGGAGUGUGGCCAAAUAACCAGUUUGAAACUGAGAGACUUCAAGCAAUGAUCCUGGCAUCAGCAAAUGAGGCCGCUGAAGGAAACUCUGGUCUCGUAGGAUCAACAGGUACAAUGGGACUUAGUGCUCGCUAUGGACCACAGUUCACUCUACAGCACGUCCCUGACUACAGACAAAACAUCUACAUUCCAGGAACAACAACAACCCUUACUAACGCUCCGGGGAAACGUGACAACAAAGCACCUUCAGGGAACAAGAAGAAAUCGGGGAAAAAGGAAAAGAAAUAAAGAUGUAUAGCAGCAUGCAUUAUACCAACAUGGCAGAAUUAUGUGAGAUCUUCCCUCUAGCCGAAAUCCCAGAAAGAAUGUCUUAUUCACAGAAGGAAAGAGAAUUUCAAUCAUUAUCU